CGCCACACACCACCAGUACAUUGUUACGAGCCUCCCAUUUCCUGCAACAUUCUUUUUAAUGUCUCCGCUGAAAAACGCUCGGCUUGUUUAACGCGCUGUGUGCAGGGGGGUACCGGCAAAUUGGAAACUGACGGAUGUGGGGUUUCGAAGACCAAAUAUGAGAGGGGUUCGCCGUAAAAUGUCAAGAGGUUUGACAGAAAUGGGUUGCUGAAAGCGGUGGGCGCUGAUUUGGGAUUCUCGGGAGCAGGUAGCGCCUACCACCAUGACCGUAUUCAACCAGGAGAAUGUUGAGGAAUAUUACGAAAUUGGAGAUGAGCUUGGAAGCGGUCAGUUCGCUGUGGUCAAGAAAUGCCGGGAGAAAAGCACGGGGGCGGAGUACGCCGCCAAAUUCAUCAAGAAGCGCCGGAGCAAGUCCAGCCGGCGCGGGGUGACCAAAGAGGACAUCGAGAGGGAGGUCAGCAUCCUCAAAGAGAUCCGACACCCCAACGUCAUCACGCUGCAUGACGUCUUUGAGAGCAAGACCGAAGUCAUCCUCAUCCUGGAGCUGGUGGCAGGGGGAGAGCUCUUCGACUUCCUGGCGGAGAAGGAGUCUCUGACGGAGGAGGAAGCCACCGAAUUCCUCAAGCAGAUCCUAGACGGAGUCCUCUACCUGCACUCCAAGCGGAUCGCCCACUUUGACCUGAAGCCGGAGAACAUCAUGUUGCUGAACAGGACAGUGCCUCACCCACGGAUCAAGCUCAUCGACUUUGGCUUGGCUCACAAGAUCGAUUUUGGCAACGAUUUCAAAAACAUCUUUGGGACUCCGGAAUUUGUAGCUCCAGAAGUGGUGAAUUAUGAGCCCCUUGGCCUGGAAGCGGACAUGUGGAGCAUCGGGGUGAUAACAUAUAUUCUUUUGAGCGGCGCCUCCCCCUUCCUUGGAGACAACAAACAAGAGACUCUGGCCAACGUCUCCGCCGUCAACUACGAGUUCGAUGAGGAGUUCUUCAGAAACACGAGCGCCCUGGCCAAAGACUUCAUCACGAGACUGCUGAUCAAAGAUCCAAAAAAAAGAAUGACAAUUCAGGAUAGCCUACAACAUCCCUGGAUCAAGCCAAAGGACACACAGCAGGCACUUAGCAGGAAGGAAUCUGCCGUAAACAUGGAGAAGUUUAAGAAGUUUGCAGCUCGUAGAAAAUGGAAGCAAUCAGUGCGGCUCAUCUCCCUGUGCAACCGUCUCUCAAGGUCUUUCUUGUCCAGGAGCAACAUGAGUGUGGCUCGCAGUGAUGACACCUUGGAUGAGGAAGACUCUUUUGUGAUGAAGGCAAUCAUCCAUGCCAUCAACGACGACAAUGUGCCGGGACUGCAGCACCUCCUUGGAUCCCUGACAAGUUAUGACGUGAACCAGCCCAACAAGCAUGGGACUCCCCCACUGCUCAUCGCAGCCGGCUGUGGAAACAUCCAGAUCAUCGACGUCCUCAUGAGGAAAGGGGCAGAGAUCCAGGCCCAUGACAAGUCUGGUGCGAACGCUGUUUAUUACGCGGCGAGACACGGGCAUGUCGAAACCUUGAAAUUCCUGCAUGAAAAGGAGUGCCCUCUGGAUACCCAAGAUAAGUCUGGAGAGACUGCCCUUCACGUGGCAGCCAGGUAUGGGAAUGUGGACGUGGUCCAGCACCUCUGCAGUAUACAUGCCAACCCCGACCUGCCAGACCGGGAGCAGGAGACGCCCCUCCACUGCGCUGCCUGGCACGGCUACUCGCCCGUAGCCCGGGUGCUGUGCGAGGCUGGCUGCGAUGUCAACGUCAGGAACCGGGAGGGGGAGAGCCCACUCCUGACCGCCUCCGCCCGCGGCUUCCGGGACAUCGUGGAGUGCCUGGUGGAGCACGGUGCCGACCUGGACUCCACUGAUAAAGACGGCCACAUCGCCCUGCACCUGGCCGUGCGCAGGUGCCAGGUGGAGGUGGUAAAGUGCCUGCUCAGCCACUACUCCUACGUGGACCACCAGGAUCGCCACGGCAACACCCCCCUGCACAUCGCCUGCAAGGACGGCAACUUGCCCGUCGUGUCGCUCCUCUUGGAGGCCAAGGCGAGCCUGGAUAUCCCCAACAAAUAUGGAAGAACUCCUCUGCACCUGGCAGCUAAUAACGGAGGCCUUGAAGUCGUUCGACACCUGUGCGUUGCCGGAGCAAACAUCGACAUCCUCACCAACGACGGGAAGUCGGCCGAAGACCUGGCCAUGAUCGAGCAGCACGAGCCCAUCGCCGUCCUGCUGGGAAAGCUGAAAAAGGACACGCACAAAGGCAGCUACAUCCAGCAGCUGCGGCCGACGCAGACCCCGCAGCCCCGGAUCAAGAUGAAGCUGUUUGGCCACUCGGGCUCGGGGAAGAGCACCCUGCUGGACUCGCUCAAGUGCGGCAUUCUGCGCAGCUUCUUCAGGAGGCGGAGGCCGCGGAUCUCCUCCACCAACUCCUCACGCUUCCCCCCCUCCCCCGUCUCCUCCAAACCCGCAGUCUCAGUCAGCAUCAGCAACCUGUACCCGGGCUGCGAGAAUGUGAGCGUGCGCAGCCGAAGCAUGAUGUUCGAACCCAGCCUCACCAAGGGUGUCCUGGAGGUCUUCUCCCCCAUGCACAGCGCCCUCUCCGCCGCCGACGACCAGGCCACCAGGGCCAUCGACAUCCAGCACGCCAACAUCAACGGAGUGGGCGACUUCAGCGUGUGGGAGUUCUCUGGUAACCCAGUAUACUACUGCUCGUACGAUUACUUCGCAGCAAACGACAGCACCGCGGUUCACCUGGUCCUCUUCAGCCUGGAGGAGCCCUACGAGACCCAGCUCAACCAGGUCACCUUCUGGCUCAACUUCCUCAAGUCCCUCACCCUACCUGAUGACAACAUAGCCUUUGGAGGGAAGAUUAAAAACCCCUUGCAGGUCGUGUUGGUGGCCACACACGCUGACAUCGUGAACCUGCCACGAUCCUUUGGGGGGGAGUUUGGCUACGACAAGGAGAGGUCUCUCCUAAAGGAAGUCAGGGCCAGGUUUGGCAAUGACCUGCAGAUCUCUGAGAAGCUUUUUGUCCUGGAUGCCGGGGCGUCCAAUUCCAAAGACAUGAAGCUGCUACGAAAUCACCUGCAGGAGCUGCGAAAUGCCAUCGUUUCCACAUGCCAGCCCAUGACCCUGCUGUGUGAGAAGAUCGUCUCCACCCUGCCCUCGUGGAGGAAGAUGAACGGGCCCAACCAGCUCAUGUCCUGGCAGCAGUUUGUGCUGGACGUGCAGGAGCAGAUCAAUCCCCUGGUCAGCGAGGAGGACCUGCGGGAGCUGGCCUCCCAGCUGCACAGCAUGGGAGAGAUCAACAUCAUGCAGAGCGAGACCGUGCAAGACGUGGUGCUGCUGGACCCGCGCUGGCUGUGCAGCGGCGUGCUGGCCAAGAUACUGUCCAUAGAGACGCCCAAGGCCAUCCACCACUACAGGGGGCGCUACCGGCUGGAGGAGCUGCAGGGCCUGGUGGCGGAGAGCGACGUGGACGAGCUGCUCCAGAUCCUGGACGCCAUGGACGUGUGCGCGCGCGACCUGAGCAACCCGGCCAUGGUGGACAUCCCGGCCCUCAUCAAGACCAACGGGCUGCACCGGUCCUGGACGGAGGAGGACGAGGAGGAGGAGGCGCUGGUGUACGGCGGGGUGCGUGUGGUCCCGGCCGAGCACCUGGCCCCCUUCCCCUGCGGCCUCUUCCACAAGCUGCAGGUCAACCUGUGCCGCUGGAGCCACCAGCAGAAGCCCGAGGGCGACGACAUCCGCCUGUGGACCAACGGGGCCAAGAUCUCGCACGCAGGCGCUGAGGCCAUGGUGCUGCUGGUCAACCACGGCCAGGGCGUGGAGGUGCAGGUGCGGGGGCCGGACUCGGACAGGGUGAAGUGCUACACCCUGCUGGACCUGAUCUGCAGCAUCAUCGACAACCUGCUGGCCGCCACACUCCCGGGACUGCUGACAGCCAAGUACUACCUGAGCCCCCAGCAGCUGAGGGAGCACCACGGGCCCGUCAUGAUCUACCAGCCGAAGGACUUCUUCCGGGCCCAGGCGCAGCGGGAGGCCUCCCUCACCAACACCAUGGGCGGCUACAAGGAGAGCUUCAGUAGCAUCCUGAGCUUCGGCUGUGCCGAGGUCUACCGCCAGGGCAGCCUGGGGACCGACGUCCACAUAUCGGACGUCUGCCUCCUGGCCAGGAGGAAGCUGAGCCGGCUGCUGGACCCGCCCGACGCCAUGGGCAAGGACUGGUGCCUGCUGGCCAUGAACCUGGGCUUGACGGAGCUGGUGGCCAAGCACAGCGCCCCCAACGGGACGCCGGCAGAGGGGGCGCCCCAGCCCAGCCCCACGGCUGUGCUCCUGCGGGAGUGGAGCGGGCGGCCCGACAGCACCGUCGGCGUCCUCAUGGCCAAGCUCCGAGAGCUGGGCCGCCGGGACGCGGCCGACUUCCUCCUGAAAGCGGCGCCCGUGUUCAGGGUCAACCCAGAGGUGGCCGCCGCGGACAGCUACGCUCCCACCUGCAACGGCGGGACGUCCUACAACUCCAUCAGCUCGGUCAUAUCGCGGUGAGGGGGAGCGCGGUCUGGGACGCUGAGUGCAAUCCUCACUGGGACCGGCCGCUCCUCCUCUGUUGUACAAAAAAAA